CCGCUACUCCGCGAGCCGGUUUGUGAUUCAGCAGCGUCACGAGAUGCAGCGCAGUGAAGUUCGUCGUCAUCGUCGGGGCUUGACGACCCUUUAGUUGCGCCGGGCGUUACGUGAGGGUGUGCGGGGUUUGGUGACUUCGAUUCUUUAUCAACCGUUUGGGGUGUUGUUGUUAUGUGUGUGAUAACGGUGGUAGCUUGAUAAACGCACCCCGCACUUGAAAGGUACCUGCACCCUACGCGAGCAAUAUAGUAUGAUUUUGGUGAGAUUCUUCGAGAGCUUUAAGUUGUUGGGAGUGUUACCUGGCCGGUUGAUAGUGAGCUGAUAAGUUGAAGAAGAACGGCGUACCGUGUAUCAGACGGUGGUGUUCGUCAAGCUCCAGCUAACGUGCGAUGUACUUCGGUAUGGCACCUGAAUGAUAAGGAAAAGUUUUUCUGUCGAGUCUGAAUUGCUUGCCGUCGCCACGGCUUGUGUACGAAGAAUUCUUACGUGGAAGCUUGGGCAAAGUUGUUUUGUGGAGUGCUGGAAAAGUUUUCUGUGAUCUUGAAAAUUUAGGGGGGAAAACCAUGAACCGUUCGCGAGGUAAAAGUCAGCGGAAAGCUUCGAAAGUGAGCGGAAAGGAAGCACCGCGUCCAAGUGAUCAAACUAGUGAGAAGAAGUCCCAACGCAAUGGGAAAAGUGGUGGAAAGUUUAAGGACGUCACGGCCAAAGUCGAUACCGGGCGGGGUAGUGAACCACCGAAGGUGGUUGAAGCAAGGAAGAUUGAAGAACCUGUGCCGGAACCGCCGGUGAAGAUGGAACGCGCCAAUAGUUUCUUUCUGACUCGGAAGAUUUCCAAAAUCUACAACAAGCUUAGCGGAAGUCGUGAGAGUUUGUCUGGGGAAGAACCGGCUAAGCCGUACCAGUUCACGAGAAGUUUGAGUCUGUCAUCGAUCCAACUGAAGAAGAGCUACCGAAGAAGCCAGAACGAGUCCAACCUGGCGAAGCUACACGAAGAUGCUAUCCUGGAACACGGUGAAGGUAGUGAAGAAAUCGCCGCUGCUCCAGCAAACCGACAAUCCGUCCCAGCAAAAAUUGAACCUCCAAAGCUGGAACGCUCCAACAGCAUUCUAGCCUCGUUCCGUCGCAAGAUCAGCUUCCGCUCGGACAAGAAGCUAAAACCUCCCGCAAAGUGGAACACCUCCCUUCAAAACCUCCGCCAGGAGGACUUCAUGGUCAGCUACGACGAUCUCAGCUUCGUCGACUACGACCAGUUCAACCAGUACGAAGCCAGCCUGGAACGUCGCCUUAGCUCCAGUCAGUUCGACCUGGCCCCAAAACGACCCGUAGAUCAACCCCUAGAAACCACCAACGCUCCAGUUAUCAAACGUCGCCAAAAAACCGAUCAAGACCUCCGUCGAAAGACCCUCGUUCGGCGUAGCUUCGAGUUCGAAAACAACCUGGAUCAGGACAAGAACCUGUACCGGAACAGUUUGGACGGCGAAAAGCUGCGACAGUUGAGCAAGCUGAACCGUAAAUCGUUUCGCUGGAGUGCACACAUCGAGCGGGACGUCGAUGCGCUCUACCUGGACAGUUUGGAUCAGCUGACGGUGGAUUCACCGGAUGGUGGCGGACUGGGCCAUGCCAAGUCGGCGGAAGGAUUGCUGAUGAGUGGUAGCGGAGGAGGGGAUGUGUGUGAUAGUGGGAUGGUGGAUGGGGAGGGAUUGCACGGUAGAGUUAGUGGUGAAGGAUUUGGCGGGGAUAAGAGGCGCAGUGUUAGUGUGGGUUAUGUGAGCCGAAGUCAGAGCUUGAGAAGGGCAAGGUCGUGGAGUGAUGCUGUGGAGGGAAGUGCGAGGGACAGGAUUCUGGAUAAACAGGUAAUCUUUUCACGUUUUCCAAUCAACCGAGUGCAAUCAUUUGGUGAACACUCAUCUUUACUGGAGUUGGAUAUUCGUUCCCCGGUGAAUGCGUCGUACACUGCACCAGCAUCGACAAGCAGUCAACAGUUAGUGGCAGCAGCAGCAGCAGUAAGAAUUUUCCUGUUUUCCCAAGUCACAGUCACGAAAAGCGAAGUCAAUAAGAGAUGUGAUGACACCGACUGUUACUGAGACCAGUGCAUCAGUGAUCAAGGAAGACCUUUGAAGAAGGAUGUUUGUUUCU